GCUGCUGUCGCAAAAAUUGCAUGCUGUUCUGCGAGUAACGCGCACCGUGGCUUUGCGUGUACUACAAGAACUGAAAUUGAAUAGCGGUGUUCACCUUCUGGAAUAGCAUCCGCAAUAACUCGGCGGGUCGCGGCAGCCUGCGGGAAUUCCAGUUGUGUUGCGGUUGUGUUGGUUGCGUAUCUGGCUUGUCGCUUGUUUGGGUACCCUUGUCCGCAUCGUCGUCGUCGUUGUGCGGGCUUUUGUGGCUAUCGAAUCGGUUUUCUCGGUGGGCUCGAGCUCCACGCGAGCCUCGCACUUCGCCACGCGGCUCGCGGACCCCGCGCUUGGCGCCCGGGAUCCUUCCACCGGCCGUCUCGGGAACGGCAGCGGCGGUCUAGCAGCCCCCCAAACGCACCCGUUUGGAGGAGAGCUAGCGCCGUAAACAAGAGGGCCGGCCGGGGCUUCGUCGAUUGGAGUUGCGGCGCGGGUUCCAGCGCAAGGGGCUCGAAGAUGUGUGGGUUACUCGUACGAUGAAAGGGAAACGCUUCCACCUGAUAGUGCGGCUCAAGUCUCUCUUCUGGCUGCCCGCGUAGCCCGCGCACGGCAUCCGCGGACUGCUAUGCCGGUUGAGCGCCGCACCACAGGGCAGCUUCGGGCAGCUGAGAACGUGACCAUCGCAGCGUUCUAGCCAGCAGCAGACGGCCGACCGAACGGGAACUCGCCGUCUUCUCGUUCCCAGCACGCUUUCUCUCUCCUUUCGUCUGCGCGCUGGAAGCUACACAGGGGAGAUGGCACGGGACCAAAGCCCUGCCCAAAAGCGGAGCGCCUCGCCCGGCGAGCGGGCUCAUCGCGGCACCUCGUGGCGGCCACGCCAUCAACGCUACGCAGCACGCCGCGGCCAUCUUGGAGGCCACGUGCAGCAGACUCAGCUAGGCGACGCUGUCGGCGCCGUGGGCCGGCGAGGUUUCCCCACUGGGGGGGCAGCAGCCAGCAUGCCCGUGCAGGCUCCGCCCCCUCACUCGUGGGGCAGUGCACCUGCCACUGCAGCCUCCAAUGCCUGCUGUUGCUGCCGGGGACGUGCGCCACAGCCUGAAGGGGGAUGCCACGCUCCCCAGUGUCGCGCCCACCACCUCCAACAGCAGCAGCAGCAACAGCAGCAGCCACAGCCACAGCAGAGGCGUCACUUACCCGAGAAUGGUGUUCCCCCGCUGCUCCACCUUGUCUCUGCACCCCCUCCUCCACCCGUGGCGGCAGCUGGAGCUACGGUGAUUCCAGCAGCUGCGCCUGCUGUUGCGACCGCAGUUCCGGAGGAGAGUGCCGAGCAAGUGGUUGCACGCUGUAUUCACGAGAUGGCGCUUCUUCUCAGGCCUGCUGCUCAAGGUGGAUGCUGGCUGAGCCGGCCCUUGCAGCGCAAGCUGGUUUCCCUAGUGCACUGCCCCCUGUCGGAGCCAGAGGGGCGGGCCCGGGCGGCCCGCGCAGCACGCUCGCUGGGCGAGCGCUGUGCCCUCGAGCUCCUCCUCCAACACCACCAGCACAACCAGGCGGGUGGCGGAGCAGGUGGAGGGGGCCAGCAGCUGAGCGCUGCCCUGUGGGCGGCCGUACGUGCCCGUGGCUGCCAGUUCCUGGGGCCCCACAUGCAGGAGGAGGUGUUGAGGCUGGUCCUCCUUGCCCUCGAGGAUGGGUCGCCCCUGUCGCGCAAGGUGUUGGUGCUGUUUGUGGUUCAGCGCCUGGCACCCCACUUCCCCCAGGCCUCAAAGACCAGCAUUGGCCAUGUGGUGCAGCUGCUCUACAGGGCAUCCUGCUUCAAGGUGUCCAAGCGAGAGGGUGACUCAUCGCUUAUGCAGCUCAAGGAAGAGUUCUGCACAUACGAGGCGCUGCGGAGGGAGCAUGACGCGCAGAUCGUCCAGAUUGCCAGCGAGGCAGGCCUGCGGAUCGCACCCGAGCAGUGGUCAUCACUUCUCUACGGGGAUGCGGCCCAUCGGUCACACAUGCAGUCGCUGGUGGACAAGCUGCAGAGCCCGCAGUCCUUUGCGCAGAGCGUCCACGAGCUGGCGCUUGCACUGCAGCGGACGGGUGAUCCUGCGGGACUGGCCGCCCUGCGGCCACACUUUGAUCUCCUUGCCCAUUGGGAACCACCGCCAGGUAGGCGCAGCUGGUCGUGGCAUCAGAGAUCUCCCCGGCGCAAUCUCGGGGGGUCACGCGCAGGCCUGCGUGGGUUGCACCAUGACGGUGGUGCACCGACGUGGGAGGAGCUGAGCCGGUGCGUGCUGGCGGCACGUGCCUGUCUCCAGGGGCUUGUGGCAUUCAUGGGGGCCUUUGGGGGGCGGCGAAUGAACGGAGGGGGCGGAGGAGCCCCAUCGUCCUCUUCGCCCGGGAGGGGCAGGGCUGAGACGGGAGGUGGCGCGGGUGGUGGGAGCCCCGGCCACAACCCUGGUGGGUCCCGCUACAAGACGAGCCUGUGCCGCGAUGUGGCUCAGCGUGGCUCGUGCCCCCGCGGGGCCCACUGCACCUUUGCUCACUCCCAGGAGGAGAUGGACAGAAAACCACCUUACGUCCGACAAAACCGGUACAGAAAAGUCUUCACCGCAAAAAAGCACAGUGCACCUGUGCAGAAUUCGCAGCCGCCUGAAAGAAAACCGCCUUCCCAGUCUGAUGACAGAUUCAGAAAGUACCGUGCAAGGCGGCCUCCAAGGACAUCUGUAGAUAUGCCCAAGCCUUCUGGCAGUAAUGACGGCAUGACUCCCAGUACUAGUGGCUACUGCUGUUCAUUGUACCGGUCACAUGAAGUAGACAGCAGCUCCGAUCACCGGCUGGCGUCCUGCCCACCGGUGCCGGUCAGUCUGUGCGAGUCGCCACCGCCUAUGUUGGCGCCUCCUCCUUGUCGACGUGUGGAUCCUGUGGCUCCACCGGUCUCGGUCGGCCUCAAUCCCGAAAGCCCGGCCUUUCACCCGGAUGAGCCCUGGCUUAACCCCUCUCCACCAUGCCGGGUGAUGCUACAUCACAGCUUGGCACUUUCACAAUUAGAGGAUGAUGAUGACUGGGGCUCCAGCCAUGGGUCCUGCGACAGCUCUACCUCGAGCCAUCAUCCAACUCGACCUUGCCCAUCUGAGGAGGAUCCCCUGGUGCCCUUUGACCCUCCCUUGGUCUCCAAGUAUGGACCCAUCUCCCGCUGUGCGCGAACCCUUGUAAGAGGUCCUGCCCCCAUCCAGGUGACGUCCCGGCAGCCCCAGGAACUGACUAGUCCCACAGCUGCCUUGCGGCUGCCCCUGGCAUCCGCUGCGGCUGCCCCAUCAUUCUACGCACAGGGUUUUGCCCUUCUCCCAAGUGACCUGCCAUGCGGGGCUCUGGGUGAUCCUCCCCCUCCGCUGCUGUUCCCUUUCAAGAGUACACCCCCUUUCGCCCCCUCUACGGGAGCCCUGCUGGCCGCUCCGCCGGCACUCGUCGCACCCCCAACUAAGGGAAGCGAGUCCUGGGCGGGGCAGCCCCAGGUGCCGACGUCAAUGGGUCCCUGGCUCCUGAACCAGCUGGAAGAGUCGGCGCAGUUUUGCUCCGACAACUGCUGGACCCACCAGGGACACUGAGAGGGGGAUGCACACUGGGCACAGGGCCCCAUCCACUGCAAGCAUUUGUAGACAAGGUGUGGACCCUGUCGUCGCCAUGUCGGAGCGGCAUUGACCCAGCCCCACAGUCACUGCGCCAGACUUGCCCGGCCGUUGGAUCUUGAGGAAGCCAGCCAAAUUGUCGUCAUAUGGGAAGAGCACAGAGCAGUCCCACGCUGCUGAUUGUCUCUGAGGUCAGGCCGCACCUUCCAUUUCUGGAAAGGGCGACAUUGGGGCUUUGGCCCCACCACUUGUGAAGCUGCCCUCGCAACCUUCGAGUUUGCCGUCACAAUCGGCGAGAAAGAGGUGGACGAGGGCUCUUGGUGCGCAGCGUGCCAGGUCGUGUCCAGCAUGCCAAUGACCGAGACUUUCACCGCUCAUUGACUUGGAAAUUUCCCAAGGAACCCCGGAAAUUUUUCUUUUAUGUGUAUGCUGUAGCACACGCCUGGCUGGCCAAAACACGCUUGCUGCGCAGUGUUUUAGAAGCACAGUGGCGUGUGGGUGUCGCCAGAAAUUGAAACAAUGGUCCUAAAGAAUGUGUGGGAGGUCUGCGGGAAGUGGUGGAUUAUCGGUGUGUGUUGUAAUGCACCGCAUCUGUCAGUUCCUCGCCAGACAUUGCGUGUGUGCUUUUAUAAGUGGGGCCAUCCUGGUGGUGGUCGCAAUGCGACUCUUAAGGCCGAGGGACAUCUUGGGAUGUUGCUUAAAUUAAAUUGAUUAA